AAAAAAGUCAAUUUCUAUUGAACUAUCUAAUUUUAUUCGAUACAUAUUAUCAUGGAGAUAUUUUGGUGUUGAAAACAUUUGACAAAAUUAGAAGAUCGUCAAAAUCAACGAUUACAAAGUUUCCAUUCGGAAGCAAAAAGCGACGUGCCAAUCAUCACCUCAAAACUUGGUUCAACUAUUGAUUACUCUUUCAAAGAUCUAAGGAUGCAGAGCAAGAAUAGGAUUUUGAAAACUAAUAUCUCUGAAGAACACACACCAAAACAUCUACUCACCAAAUUUACAGUAUUUCAUGAGAAGAACAAUCUACCGAAAGUAUGUUUCAAUGCAAUGUUCGCAGUGUCGAAUAGUCUCCUUGAAAAACUAUGCUUACGUAGCAUUUAUGGAGUUUUUCAUGACACAUCGGUGACUGAGGAAGAAAAUGUACUUUUAUUCUCGGUAACUGCUGCAGCAGCGCUCCUUGUCAUUUUAGGUUUCAUCAGUAAUUUCAUUCACGAAUGGAAUCUUGAUAUGCACCGGGCAUUGGAAACUAUGCCAAUGAUUUUCUCUACAAUUCUCGCAUGGUUCGGUGGUGUAUCGUUGUGUCGUUCGAAAGAGGGAAUGAAAGGAUUACUUGAAAACAUGAAAACUGCAUGGACUAAAGAAUUAAAGGAGGGUGUCGAUGAUAAGAUCAUUAAUACUGCAAAAAGAAGUAUACUCUUCACUGUCUUUUAUGCGAUUCUAAUCUGCGCAGUUGGGGCUUUCUAUCUCAUCGUGCCAUUCGUACGAGCGGUACACAAAUUCGUGACUGAUGAGGAUCAGACUCACUUUGAUUUUAAUAUGAGGCUGUUGCCCAUACGUUAUCCAUUUAGUAUUGACACCGUACCAAUGUAUAUUCUAUGUACAAUAUUUGAAGUAGUUUGCACAUUUUUCUUCAUCAAUUCGUACCUCAGUGUCGAUACUCUCUUCCUCCAAUUGACAACGAUUCUAUCAUUACUAUUACAGAUUGUAGGUAAAAAAUACGCCGAGAUAACACUAUACAAUGAUGUUAGGAAGUUGAAUUGCGGACUAUUGAAAAAACUUCAUAAUAUGGGAAGACAACACAGUGAAUUACUCUCAUAUUGCGAGAGGAUUGAAGAAAUAUUCAACCCAAUAAUAUUUUUAAUAAUUAUAUUCACCAGUGCGCAUUUAUGUGUUUGUGUAUUCGCUCUGGAAUCGAAAUUGUCGGUGCUACAGUUCGUAGAUGCUGCCACAUUGCUAUUCCAUUUUGUAGCUAUCAUUAUGCAACCAUUCAUAUACUGUAAUUCUGCCGAAGAUAUUUCUCAUUGGACAAAUAAUAUAGCCAACACGAUCUACACUUGCCAGUGGCCAGACCAGAGUCAGAAGUUCCGGAAAAUUGUACUUUUGACAAUGAUAAGAUCUCACCGUGAUUAUAAAUUCAAAGCCUAUGGACUUUACAAAGUGAAUCGAUACCUUCUAACUCAGUUGGUGCACACAGCGUUUAAUUUCUUCAUGUUAUUAAGGAAGACUAAUAAUUCAUUGAACAUCUAGUAGAUAUAUUCAACUCCUUCCUACAUACGGUAGCCUAAAAAUCGAACGAAAUUUUUAACCCUCAAGUGGUCGCGCUUUGCUAGAAAAAGCAUCUCACUCGCUCUAUAAUGGCGCUCUGUAUAGGUUGCGUAUGUUUAGCGGGGAUCCGCUCACGAUGCGAUCCCCACUUAAGGGUUGAGGAAGAAAGAGAAUGAAUUCGUGAUCGCAACUGUGGCGACUCCGUCUCAGCAAGUUUCCACACCGACCACGAUGCAGCGCGCCGAUCAACUUCAGGGCGCAACUGAGA